AUGGUCCAUCGCAUCCUGGUAGAUGGCGGCAAUUCUGCUUUCAUCCUAUGUAAAGACACAUUCGAAAAGAUGGGCCACGAAGUGUCAUGUCUAAAGCCUGUCUCGUACCCCGUGAUCGAAUUUACAGGGGAAGCUGUCAUCCCAAAAAGAACCAUCAAGCUACCCGUCAAGAUCGGUGAGGGAUUCCAGUCCAGGGAUAUGAUGGGAAAAUUCCUCGUCGUCGACGUACUAACUGCUUAUAACGCCAUCAUUGGGCGACCUAUGAUCCACGAUGCGCAGGCAGCAGUGUUCGCCUAUCAUUUGACGAUGAUUUACACGUCAAACUAUGGGAAGCUGGAGAAAAUCAAGGGGAAUAAGGAGUCAGCCAUGGCUUGUUACCUGACGUCUCUCAAGAAUUCCGAUCACAAGCGGCUGGCAGAGACACCGCCCUCAGAAAAGAAAAGGCGCCAGACAGAGAAUAAGGCUAAACGAGAUCUGCCAAUGGGAAACUUUGAGGGAAGGCCAACAAACCUGCUGAGACCUAGCCCGAAAGGCAAGACAUAA